GGCAUGGGACAGAUACCUCCUCUGCCAGACUACUCCAGUGCAGACGAAGCCUGGGCUGCAAAACGACUAACUGCGGAAAAAGGUGAAGAUGGCUGGCUGCGAGACGAAGAACGCUGCCUGAUAGUGCCAGAGACUCUGGGACGUCACCUGUUGAUGCACCUACACCAGACCACACAUUUAGGAAAGAGAAAAAUGUUACAACUGUUAAACACCGCCCAGCUCAGGUUCAUGUCGCAGGGACGAGUGGCAGACGACAUCGUCCGGGACUGCCGAGCCUGCCAAGUCAUGCAGCCAGGGAGGGUCAAAGGGACCCAUGCAGGUAGACGGCAUAUCAACUUGGAUACACCACUCCCACGUGAGGCCAGCCAACGAGAACGACCUAGAACGGUGCCGGAGCCAGUGGAGAGCGACGGUGGACCCAGAGAACCCACUGAAAGUCAGGCUGACUCAAGUAGCAGCAGCGCCACGAGAAGCCAGCUGAGUCCUAUUCCUCUUGGACUACUAGUUAUACUGUCUAGACUCAGACUCGGGGCUGUGGCACCUGGAGAUUGGACCUCACUACAAAAAUGUAUGCAGGGUUUGUUUUGUAUCUCCUUGAGAGCAUUUUGUUAAUGGGUGGGGGUGUUGUAAGUGUGAUGAACAAUUUCAAUCCCCACAAACCCCAUAACCUGACAUGGGAAAUUGUCAAUCAAGAAACCCACGAGGUCUGGAACGUGACCUCUGGGGUGGCCCCCUUAAACAGUUGGUGGCCGGACUUAUAUUUUAACUUAGAAAAAGUCAACCCCCUAGAAAAGCCAGCACAGACAAUAGCGAUAUCCUCAAGAGGCCCUGCUGCUGCCCCAAUCCCCAGUUCGUGGAUAACUGGACCAUGGAGAGAAGACAUAAAACGAACCUCCAUGAGCCGGAAUGGGUUUUAUGCCUGUCCGGGAUUCCGGCCCCCUCAGGAAAACCGUCAGUGUGGGGGUAUUGGAAGUUAUUAUUGUGCCAAAUGGUGGUGUGUGACCACCAAUGAUGGGGAAUGGAAAUGGCAGGCACAACCUCUUCUCAUUAGCAUGUCCUAUGUCCAACCUUGUACUAAAAACAGGUAUGCCAGAGACUGCAACCUAAUAAGGGUAAAAUUUACAGAAAAGGGAAAGAAAGAUAGGCGGUGGAUAACAGGAC